GUCGACCCGCGUCCACUGUCCCCAACGUGUCCGUACGUGUGUUGCGAAGUGCAACGCGUUCGGUGACGAGGCAGAUGUGCAAUGAAUUUCAAUCACGUUUUGGAUGAAUGUGUGGACGUUAGAAGACGAUUACGUAGUCCCCCAGCGAAUUCUUGGUGGAAAAAGCGUACAACCAUGGAACGACGUCUGUUGGCGGUGACCGCAUUUACGGGAGUCGCGAUGUUCUCGUUGCUGGUGGUUCUGGUUGCAUUACAUUCAGAUAAUCUUGAAGCAUGCUUAUCAUUGGAUUGCGUAAAAACUUCUGCCGAUAUAACAUAUUAUGUUGAUAAAUAUCAAGAUCCUUGUAAUGAUUUUUAUCAAUUUGCGUGUGGUGGAUUUAUAAAAGAAUCGAGUUUAGAAGGUGAAAAUAAAUCGACUAGUACUAAAAAAGUGAUGGAAGAUAUAUUGGUGAAUCAAAUUAGAGAAAUGAUAGAGGAAAAUAUUACGAACACGGAUUCGAUUUCUUUGGCGAAAACGAAAUUGUUCUAUAGAAGCUGUAUGAACGUAACCGGAACGGAUUCCGACGGUGUAACGAUAUUGAAAGAUAGUUUAAAGGAGAUGGGAGGUUGGCCUAUCUUAGAUGUUAAUUGGAAGAGUGGAGAUUUCGAGUGGAAACGAGCAACCCAGAAAUUAAGAAGGAUCGGUUACACGUUCGAUUUGUUCCUCGGCGUCAACGUAGUGGUGGAUCAAGCGGAUGAGGAGAAGCACAUCGUUCAGUUGAAACCGCCCGACUCCCAUCGUCUGGAAAUGAACGAUAGAUUUCAGGAUCUCCAUUUGGCCUACGUGGUCGAUAUCGCCACUCUACUAGGAUCCCCUAGAAAUCGUGCAGAACGAGAUGCGAAGGAUAUCGUUGAAUUUCAGGAAGGCUUAAGAAGGGCUGUUGAAAGAAGUGAAGAUCGGAUAUCUCAACAUUCAAAUAACGACCAAAAUAACACUUACAAUCCUAAGACGGUUUCCAAGUUGCAUUACGAGGACCCGAGUGUGCCCUGGUUCGACUACAUCAACAGUAUGCUUUGGCCCGGUUCGAAUAUAUCCGCUGAGGAGGUCAUUCUCGCACCGGAUGCUGUUUACAUAAAGGAGCUGUUGACUUUACUCCAUAAGGCACCGAAACGGGUAAUAGCUAAUUUCAUGGGGUGGCGAUUCGUCGACGAUUUAAUAGAGUAUUUGCCGAAGAAGUUCAGGAACGAGAAAAUUAGGUACUAUUAUUUAACCAAAAGAGCUCCACUACCACCCAAAUGGGAACUCUGCCUCCGAGCAACCGUUAACGUAAUGCCAUUUUCUCUGAAGGAUCUCUACUCCCAUAAGUUCAUUACUCCCGAAUCAAGGCGAUUUAUAGACGACAUGCUCGACUUGAUUAGGCGGAACUUCGACAAACAGAUCGACCGCUUCGACUGGCUGGACCCAGAAGCUUUAAACGCCGCUAAAAUUAAGAUUGCUAGUCUUUUGCGAUCGAUUGCUGACUACAGCGAAGUUAAAAUUGACGAUUUCGCUGAUGAAAUCUACGAUGAUGUAGAAAUCCACCAAAAUAAAUUUCUUUUAUCCUUACUGGAAUUAAGGAGAGCCAAGAAAACUUUGCAAUACAAAAAAUUACGUUUCAAACCAACUCAACAAAUACCCCACCAAAAUUUUGGAAUGUACGAUAUUAAAAAUAACCAAUUAGCAAUUCCCGUUGAUUACUUGCACGGAAUAUAUUAUGGAGAUGGAAAACCUGAAUACAUGAAUUUUGGGGGUUUGGGGAGUCUGAUAGCUGGGGACCUAGCGAAUAUGUUCCUAGAGGGGCAGUUUCUGGACGCGCGUGGGAACAGGCGCGAAUGGUUCAUAACCGAGAACCUCUAUGUGUACAUCAACAGAACCAAAUGCUUUGGCAAACAUCGAGUCAAGUUCUACGUACCGGAAAUUAAACGAUAUGUAAACGUGUCUUGUUCGAAAAUGGAAGAUGUUUCAAUGGCUGCUGGAUUCAGGUAUGCUCACAGAGCGUACACCGCGUGGGUGGACGGACAUAGUUUCGAACCGGGGCUGCCAGGGAUCGAGUACGACCCCAAGCAACUGUUUUGGAUAGCUGCAGUGAUGCCGUACUGCUCCAAAGGGACCGAAGAGGAAGUGGAGCGAACGUUGCAGGAGAACAAAGAGACCAUCGAUAAAAUUAAGGUGAACUACGCGCUUAGGAACUUACCAGAGUUCGCGGAAGCUUUUGAGUGCCCUGACGGCACAAAGAUGAAUCCCGUAGAGAAGUGCGAAAUGUGGUAGAAUUAAACAGUCUUUUUUAUCUUAAUAACAAAAUAAAAUUAUUUUAACACAA